AUGUAUUACAAUAAAUAUGAUUCAGUGUAUGAUAAAACUUUGGUUAUUUUUCAAAAUAUCAUAUUUAGAAUAAUGGGGCUGUCGCCAUGGACACUAAAUGUUUUGAAAAUGCUCCGUAAGAAUCGUAGCUUCGAUGUUCCGGAUUACGAGUGUCAAUUUUCGUUAGUAGGAUGUUUGUACAAUAUUUCAUUGAUAAUUUCAUUGGUCUGCUUAACUGUUUACGUUAAGUUUAUUCCAGUAUCUGGAGUCCAUACCGAUGGUAUUAUUACCAAACCGGCAAAUUUAAUUUUAUUUUCGAUUGAUAUGGUUUUUGUGUGUGGAAUGUUGUUGAUGUACGUUAUAAAUAACAAAGUGAUGAUAAAGAUUUUUAAUAAAUUGAAAGACGUUGAUCAAAAACUGGUAAAGUGCGGGGCUUACGAAUAUCAAACUAACCGAAGUAUUUUUUUGAUAAACUUUUUCGUAAGCAUUUUCUAUGGAUGUUUUGUAUUUUACAUCACUCCUUCGCUAGAAAUAUUUCAAGAACAAAUUUCGGCUUUUCUUAAUAACUGGAUAUUAACGCAAUACACACUUCUAAUGGAAAAAAUUGUAAAACGAUUUGAAAUGAUAAACCAUGUUCUAUCCAAACUUGAUGUCAAAAAGAAAGAUACUUCUAUGUCAGGACGAUUAUCCGCAAUAUAUUACGAUUUAUUGCAGCAAUUACUUAUUCAUGAAAUUGACAUUAUAAAACAUGCUUACAUCGAGUUAUGCAGAAUUUGCAACGAAAUUAACAACUUCUAUGGAGUGAUUAUGUUAUUUUUAAUUAUUGAUUGUAGUAUUUUUAGUGUGAUAGUCGCGUAUGUUUUGACUUUUUCAUUAAACAAUGAUUUUGAAUUCGUUAUAAGCUAUGUUACGGAUGCAACAUGGAUACUGUGGAUAGCUUACAGUUUCGUUCUCUUUACUGUUUUUAUCGCUUCAACAGAGGAAGAGAGCCAAAAAACAGCAGAUAUUAUCAAUAUACACAUGGACCAAUGCGCCAUGGACGAGAUAGUCGAAAAAAAAUUAUCCAAAUUUUCUCACGAUAUAAUUCACCGGAAGCUCAAAUUUGUCGCAUGUGGUAUUUUUCCGCUAAAUCGUAAACUUUUGUCAACUUUUGAUAAUAACUUUUUCUCUUGGACAAAUUUAUUUUUUGUUUCAGAUUACCAGCACAAUUGUGACGUAUUUCAUCAUUCUUUUACAAUAUCGUUCUAA